CCGGAGAUCUAGCGACUGGUGGCCAGGGCCGGCUCUCAUUGGAUUCUUCCGCUCCUCAGGACUAUUCGAUUGCUCAACACCCGGUGAGCGACGGUUAUUAUUCACACGCGAGCUCGAUUGGCAGCAUGAACCAAACUCAACCGUACAUGGACGUCCACUCUUCGCAUCUGUCGUCGGCUCAGCCGUAUGCUUCUCAUGCGGCCACUGCCGGUGGGAUCCCUCAUUACCAAUAUCACCAGCAGCCGCCAGUCCUGCAACCCGCCUCGACGUCGUACGGACCCGCCAGCUCAUACUCGCAAUAUGCCUAUCCCGGGGGUGUUACUUCGUCACAAGGAGGGCACCAGCCCCCGACGUCGAUGGGUGCCCAGGUUCCCGCUCAAUUGUUGCCUUUGCCGGUGACAAAUCACCCUGUGGCAACCCAAGGUUAUGCAAACACAACUGGUGCACCAUUGCAAGGGUACAUCUAUGACGCCACAGGACAAGUCGCUCCUCCCGGGGCCAAACCAAGAGUUACGGCUACAUUGUGGGAAGAUGAGGGUAGUCUCUGCUACCAAGUCGAGUCCAAGGGUGUCUGCGUCGCUCGACGAGAAGAUAACCAUAUGAUCAAUGGAACUAAGCUGCUCAACGUUGCGGGGAUGACGCGAGGCCGUCGGGACGGUAUCCUCAAGAGCGAGAAGAUUCGACAUGUGGUGAAGAUCGGCCCUAUGCAUCUGAAGGGCGUGAUUCCCUUCGAGCGUGCGUUGGAAUUCGCGAAUAAGGAAAAGAUCACGGAUCUUUUGUAUCCCCUAUUCGUGCACAACAUUGGUGGUCUUCUGUACCAUCCCACCAACCAGACCCGCACGAAUAUGGUGGUCCAGGAAUCCCAACAGCGACGACUAGAAGGCCCACAAGCAGCUCGAGCCUCGCAAGGCCCACAACCGCCUCCGCUGCACCAUCAUCAUUCCUUGCAAACUCCUGUUCCCUCGCACAUGCCCCAACCUUCGACCAUUGGCUCUCAGGGUCGACCAGGAUUGGAGCGGGCGCCCGCGUUUCCCACGCCCCCAGCCAGCGCGUCAAGCCUCAUGGGCCUCACGAGUCAAGGUCACGGUUACGAGUGGGGAAACCAGGGUAUGAAUUCCGGUGUGCCGCACUCACAACCCCUGUCAAUAGAUACCACUCUGAGCAAUGCACGGUCGAUGCCGACCACGCCGGCGACCACGCCCCCAGGAAGUGGCCUGCAAGGGAUGCAGUCGUAUCAGCCUCAGUCCGGGUACGAUAGCUCGAAACCGUACUACUCGACUGCCCCUGCAUCCCAUGCCCAUUACGCCCCGCAACAGCCCUUGAGCCAGCCAACUAUGGCCUCGUACGGUCAGAGCAUGCAGCCCAACAGCUAUAUCAAGAAUGAAAUGGGCCCUCCUUCCGGACGGACGCCUGGCGGGCCUCAAGAGGCGGAGACGGGCGAUGUGAAAUCGGAGCGCUAUUCCCAGAGUAAUGGCCAUGUUGGCAAUGGGGUGCCUGAGCAUGUCCCUGAACACGAGUCCGCGUAUGUGCAGCACGACAAUGGCGGCUACAACACUAGCCGUGGCUCAUACACGUACACCACCAACCCAUCUGUCGGCAGCCUGACGGGAGAUCACUCGCAGCUGACCCCCGAUGUCACCGGAUCGCCCUCCCAACAGAAUGGAUCCGGACGCAUGACUCCUCGGACGAGCGGCGGCCCUCCCCCACAGUGGGCUUCUGGUUACAACACGCCUCCUCGACCGGCGGCCGCCGGUAGUCUUUACAACAUUGUCAGCGAUACCCGUGGCACGCCAGCCAACGGGACAACCUCCGACAACUACUCGGUGGCGUCAAAUUCCGCGUCUGGAUACUCGACGGGAAUGAACGGGUCUCUGGGGUCAGGCAAGCGCCUCCGAGAGGAUGACGAUGUGGACCGAAUUGUUCGGCCCGACAGCCGCGACGCAGACUACGGCUCCAAACGUCGUAAGACUUUGACGGAUGUCGGCGGUCCCGUUGGAGUGCACCUUCCAUUGCAGCCUAUGAAAGCUGGCGGUGUCAUGUCCCGUCGGCAAUAAUUCACUUGUUCGCGGAAAAUAAAAAGAAAAUUCUAACGAAAUAGACGCCAAAAGUUUUACGGACAUUUGAAUGGGCUCAUGAAGCCAAAACCGGGCGGGAAAAAAGAUCCAAUAAAGACAAAGUGGCCCAUUCAACAGUCUACCUGGAGCGGCAUCAUGCCAUUGAAUCGGCUUCUUUUCUGGAGCGCAUGUCAGAUUUUUCUUGUGUUUUUAACGUUUUUGCAAUAGACUACGCCUCUACACAGUCGAGGACCUGCAACAUAACCAUCUUGGGAUAGAUGGCCUGUGAGUCGCAG